AAGUAUUCUGGAGGUGGCACUUUCAUCAUUUCCAGUUUGAUCGGUUCAGCGGCUCGUUGGUCCGUUUCCGUUGGAGAUUGUAACUACCUGUAAAGGCUAAAAGAUGGCUGUUAGUGUCACGCCGAUUCGGGACACAAAAUGGCUAACGCUGGAGGUGUGUAGGGAGUUCCAAAGGGGGACUUGCUCACGACCAGACACGGAAUGUAAAUUUGCACACCCAUCGAAAAGCUGCCAAGUCGAAAAUGGACGUGUAAUCGCCUGCUUUGAUUCAUUGAAAGGUCGAUGCUCAAGGGAAAACUGCAAAUAUCUUCACCCACCACCACACUUAAAAACCCAGCUGGAGAUCAAUGGACGCAAUAACCUGAUCCAGCAGAAGAACAUGGCCAUGCUGGCCCAGCAGAUGCAGCUUGCCAAUGCCAUGAUGCCUGGAGCCCCGUUGCAGCCUGUGCCGAUGUUCUCCGUCGCACCCAGCCUCGCCGCCACCAAUGCCUCAGCCGCCUUCAACCCCUACCUGGGGCCUGUGUCCCCAGGCCUGGUCCCGGCGGAGAUCCUGCCCACGGCGCCCAUGCUGGUGACAGGGAACCCUGGAGUCCCCGUGCCUGCUGCUGCUGCUGCCGCUGCCCAGAAGCUGAUGAGGACAGACAGGCUGGAGGUGUGUCGAGAGUACCAACGUGGCAACUGCAACCGGGGGGAGAACGACUGCCGCUUCGCGCACCCCGCCGACAGCGCCAUGAUCGACACCAACGACAACACCGUCACCGUCUGCAUGGAUUACAUCAAAGGGAGGUGCUCCCGGGAAAAGUGCAAAUACUUCCACCCUCCUGCCCACCUGCAAGCCAAGAUCAAGGCUGCCCAGUACCAGGUUAACCAGGCUGCAGCUGCCCAGGCAGCAGCGACUGCAGCUGCCAUGACUCAGUCGGCUGUCAAAUCACUGAAGCGACCCCUCGAGGCAACCUUUGACCUGGGAAUUCCUCAAGCUGUACUCCCCCCAUUACCAAAGAGGCCUGCGCUUGAAAAAACCAAUGGUGCCACCGCAGUCUUUAACACUGGUAUUUUCCAGUACCAGCAAGCUCUUGCCAACAUGCAGUUACAGCAGCAUACAGCCUUCCUCCCACCAGGCUCAAUAUUGUGCAUGACACCCGCUACAAGUGUUGUUCCCAUGGUGCACGGUGCUACGCCAGCCACUGUGUCUGCAGCAACAACAUCUGCCACAAGUGUUCCCUUCGCUGCAACAGCCACAGCCAACCAGAUACCCAUAAUAUCUGCCGAACAUCUGACUAGCCACAAGUAUGUUACACAGAUGUAGACAUUUUGUCAUCAAACAAUCAUGAACGAAGAGCCAAGGAUCAGUGUGUUUGGGGUGGGGAAGAGGAGGAGCUCAUCAGCCAUAGUGUAUAUACAGCCAGCCACCCCCAGCCUCCCUCAGCAGUAAGCCCUCCACACGUUGCAUGUUCAGCGGGGCCGAGCCGGAGCGUGGCGGAUCCACCACACACUGUUGCCUAUCUUAACUUUGUACAUUGAAUUGAGAUCUUUGUGCUGAGGUGAUCUUUUCUUUUCUUUUCUUUUCAAUCCCUGUCCAAGGAGUACAGCAUCGUCUCUCUUUUCUAGCAGCAGGGAGAGAGAGGGGGUGAGGGGGGGGCCACCUGCCUGGGGUUUGGCCAGGCUCUUUUGGUUUUUCCCCCUCCACAAUCACAUCAAAGUCACCUUGAAAAGACAGCCAGUGGUGUACCCAUGACUCUUCCUGAUGGUGUUGGUACAUCCUGUAGACCAAGAGAUAAUCCUUUGGUUUGGGUUUGUUUUAUUUUUAAAAACAAAAAAAGUCAAACAACAACAAAAAAAAGUUUUAUUUCUUCUUCUUCUUUUUUUUUCUCUCCAAGGUUUACAAAUAACAAAAAAAAAAAAAGAAAAGGUGCACCUUGUAUUUAAAAAGUUGCCAUGAUAGAGGAGAGCCUGCAUGCACAGGAAAUCCUUUUGCCUGGGUUUGGUUUCGUUUCCUUUCCUUUUUGUUUGGUUGUUUGGUUGGUUUUUUAAAAGAGGACUAUUUUUUAAUGUUAAUGAGAUUGUGUAAGGGAAGAGGGGAAGGGGAGAGGGUAUCUUGACAGAUGAAUGUGCCAAGUGGAAAAAAAAAUACAAAACACCACAACUGUAUCUAUUCUAAAGCACACCCAUGGCUUUAAGUACCUCGUUGGGGAGGAUUCUCAUGAAGUGCCAUAGACUGUACAUCCCACCUAGAGUAUUAUUUUUCUGCAGUGUUAUUUUGCUCAGAACCACCUUUUUUCGAGGUUGUUUUUUUUGGGUUUUUUUCACUUGCUUUCUUCCAGUACCCAAGCAGUCAAAGGGCACCCUUCUGUUUCAAACCAAAGCUGUCUCAGAAAUGGCCAAGGAACUCCUCACAGCAGGCAAGCAAGGAAGAAGGGAUGGAAAAGAGAUUCCCCAGCCACAGAGGAGCCCACCCUGGCCGUAGGGUCGAGCUCUCCCAGUCGCGAAAGGGAAAAAGCCAUUUCUGAGACACAGCCACAAACGCUUUGAGGAACUUCUUGGGGGGGUUUGUUUUAUUGGGUUUGCUUUUGGUCUUUUUUUUUUUCCUCUAUUUAUAGCCUCUUGUGGCAAGUCGAAAGGACUCUAAAACAUUCUGCAGAGGUAGGGUUUCACUUUUUCCUUUGCCACAGUCGCCCUGUGAGGCGGCGACUCUAAAGACAAAGACGAGAGAAGCACUGACAGCAGCUGCAUGGCAAAACCAAAAGAUGACAAAUGGAGAUGUUUAAUUAGCCUAGGAAAAUGGGGUGGGGUCAAUACUAGGGGUGAGUUUUAUAUGUGAUUUCUUUUUGUUUGUUUGUUUGGGCCUUUUUUGGGGGGGGGAGGAGGGAGGGUUGUUGUUCAGAUUAACUGCUUAUAGCCUUAGAAAGCCUUUACAAACUGUAAGAAAAAAAAACAACGUUAAAAAAACCAUAAAAAAAAAGAAAAAAGCAGACAAAAAAAGAUAAAUCAAUAGAUGUGCAUUCAAGUUUUAAAGAGUGGAUUCAUCCAAAGGAAUUGGAUGGUGCAGCCAGGAAAGGGUCGUUCUUGCCCCGUUCAGCCCAGCGCUGCGGUAGGGGCCGGGUGGCUGGGAGAGGUAGGAGGAAGCGCAGGUUCGGUUCUAGAACUCUCUGUACUUCCCAGCUCCCUGCUGGGGUUUUGGUUUUUUUAAUGCUGGAGGGAGAUGCUUUGCAGGAGCCAGGUGUUGAUUUCUGAUUGUACUGUACAUCUAUUAAAGCCUUAGAUGAUUACCUUACGGGUUCCAACCCAUACCAAUGUAACUUCAGUCGUGUUAAGGAAGCAUAGUGACUUCACAUCUUAGCGUAGUUAUUCCAGUAGCGGAUAUUAAGUUGGGGUUUGUUUUUUUUUUUUCUCUCCUUGUUUUUAUCCUGCUUUUCCUUUCUUACAUUUAUUAGUUUCCUAGUUGGAUAGCAGUUCAGUUUCUAAGCCUUUUAUUUCAUCAAUGACUUUUCACACACCUAACAAAACCAAACCAAUUCCCCCCCUGCCUCCCCGCCUCCAAACCCCCAACCCAAAGGAGUUUUCUUUUCCUUCAUCACCUCCUCAGUUGGGUCAUAGGAGUUCUUCUUCUUCUUGAAACUGAAUGAUUUCUGUUUUGCUGAUUUCAACAUGACAAUGUAAGAAUGUCAGUCAUUUGUUAGUUCUUGUCUCUAGUUCUCAUUAAAAAAAGAAAAAACAAAGAUCUUUUCUAUGGAUAUCUUAAUAAUUCUAUAAUCAUUGCUAAGUAAAGGACAUUUUUAAGUUUGUUGCUAUGGCAACAAUCCUGGCAGGCAACUGAGUUAAGAUUUUAAUGAUUUAUAUAUUUUUUCCCCCCUUUGUUUGUAAUUAGUUGUUAAGGAGAUUAAAAAAAAAAAGGUAUAAAAAAAAUUAAAAAAAAAAUUUAGUUCCUAGAUAUUAGAAAAAAAAAUUAUUUUCUACUGUAUCCAUUUCAAAUGUUGUUUAAAUAUAUAUAUUUUUUUUUUUUGGUGGAAAUCCCUGAAUAUCAGGCCUUGGUAUAUAAAUAAGCUGCAUAAUCAAAUAGAUCAAGGGACUUUUGUUGUUAUUGUUGUUUUUGGGGGGGAAGGGGUUUGGGGGCCAUUGGUUGGUUGUUUUUUGGGUGUUUUGGGUUUUGUUUUGUUGGUUUUUUUGUUGUUGAUAAUCCAAAUACUCCAAAAGUUUACGUAACAAGAAUUCUAUAGAGCGUGUGUGCAAACUCUUGAGGGGUUGAUUAUGCUGCAGUUCAGGCAAGUUGAGAGGGAGGGGAGGGGGAAGGUCUAGAAGAGAAGGUUGACUUUUUGCACUUCUGUAUAUAGUUAAAAAUAAAGAAAUAAAUAAAUAAAACAAAAAAAAGAGAGCGAGAGAGAGAAACCUGUAUAAUAGUAAGAUCUUAUUUUGAAUAAAAAUGUCUAUAAUUACAAAGUUUUGUUAAGGCUUAAUUAAAAAAAAAUAAUACUACUACUUUAAAAGAAUAAAAAUCCUUUUAAAAAGAAAAACCCUUUAGAAAGAAAAACCCUUUAAGAAAGAAAAACCCUUUAGAAAAGUCCUUUAAAAAA